CUUCUUCUUCUCAGCCGGCAUUUCAGUCAGCUGUUUUGCUGUCAAAUGAGAGUUGUUGAUUUUUCCAUAAAUUUGUUUGCAGGAUUGAAAACGAUUUUUUCUUUGAUUCUCCACUUAAAUAAGAAAUAAAUACUAUAUAUUUAUGACGGGUGAUAGCGAAAUGAAAAACGAAAGCGCCGAAGACGCUGUAGAUAAUGGAGUAAUCGAUGUAACACACUAUCGAAAGUUGGUAAAAAUCUUCAUCGACAUGCGCCGAUACCAGACGGCACUCUUCUGGGCUGAGAAGGUCUGUGUGCUUAGCCAGAAUGAUCCCAAGGAUGUUUAUUGCCAGGCGCAUUGCAUGUUUUUGCUAAAGGAAUAUCAUCGCGCUGCACAUCUCAUACGACUUUUCGAACUGGAGAAAUCGCACGUAUCCAGCUAUAACUUGUUGCUGGAAAGCUUAUACGAAGCAAAAGAGCUCAAUGAAGCUGUGAGUGUUAUAAACACCAUAGACAUCGAGUUUUUGGCAUCAUCUUUAAUAAGUCAGCCUUUAGACAGUGCGGCAUUGGGCUGUCACUCUACGCUCAAUGCAGAGGAGACGAAUAAAAAUGAAGUUAUGGCAUCAAUAAGUUUUAUAAAAGGCAAAAUCUACGAGGCAUUAGAUAAUCGUGGCUUAGCCAUGGAUUACUAUGUGCAAGCGCUACAUAAAUCCGCAUAUUGCUUUGAGGCUCUCGAAGCGUUAGUACAGCAUGAAAUGCUGAUGGCUUGGGAAGAAAAAGAAUUAAUGCAACAUUUGCCGCUUGUCCAGCACUCGAGUGAAAUGGAUGCCAAGUUCAUUAAAAAAUUAUAUGAGUCAAAGCUGAAAAAGUAUUACGAAUCCAUUGAUCCAUCGACUGGGGAUCAGACUAUCAAAGACUUAAACGAGAAAAUUAAAAAAACUCAAGCGUCCGAUGCGCAUCUGCACAAGAAUGUGCUCUCAAAGUAUAUGGCUCCACAGAUUAUGUCUCCUGCAAACAAGGUGCUUGCGGAUCUCAAGAACUCGCCCUUUUCUUUACAAAUAAGCCUCACACGCGCUUCAUCUCUCAUUAAUGAGUCAAAUCGUUCGCAUUUCGAAACGCCAGGAAGAGACCGUACAAAAGAGGCAGAUAACAAGAAUAUUUUGCCACUUUUUGUUUGUUUAAGUCGCAUACAAAAAAGCACUGAUCUCAUGGCCGCUGAAGCGGAGAAGUUAUUCUAUGAUUUCGAGUAUAAGAAGAGCUUCAAAAUCUUGCAAGAAUUACUUAAAGCGGAUCCAUAUCAUAAUACUGGCUUAACACUGCAAAUUGGAUGCUUAGUCGAAUUCGGUGAUUAUAACAAGCUCUUCUAUGUCGCUCACAAACUAGUCGAUCGUUAUCCUGAUAAAGCCAUAUCAUGGUAUGCAGUUGGUUGCUACUACGAUUUGAUUGGCAAGAGUGAUCCGGCGCGCAGAUACCUUUCCAAAGCGACUUCACUUGAUCGCCUGUAUGGGCCCGCAUGGUUAGCUUAUGGACAUUCCUUUGCCAAAGAGAAUGAGCAUGAUCAGGCUAUGGCUGCAUAUUUCAAAGCAACACAACUGAUGCGUGGUUGUCAUCUACCACUUCUCUAUAUUGGUGUCGAAUGUGGACUUACGAAAAAUCUCGAACUGGCAGAAAAGUUUUUCUUUCAAGCUAUGUCUAUAGCGCCAUUAGACGUCUUUGUGCUGCAUGAAUUGGGAGUUAUCAAAUAUGAAUAUGAAUACUACAAAAGUGCUGAAGAAGUAUUUUUACGUACUGCUGAAAUUGUUAGAGCACGCGCUAAAGAAAAUAAAGAGGAACUCUCUGCGCGUUGGGAACCCUUAUUCAAUAAUCUUGGCCAUUGUUGUCGCAAGCGAAAGAAGUAUAAAGAAGCUUUAACCUAUCACCAAUAUGCACUUUUGCUUAAGCCUCAAAGUUCACAAACCUAUACAGCAAUGGGUUUUGUGCACGCACUCAUGGGUAACCUUGAGGAAGCUAUUAUUUACUUCCAUAAGAGUUUGGCUAUUAAUCGUGAUUGCAUUGUUACUACAACUAUAUUGAAAACAUGCAUAGAAGAUCUUAUGAAUGAAGAAACCGUAAUAGAUGAGAUAUGUGGUAGAGAUUUUAGCGGACUCACAUCAUCAUCGACAAAGUCAGCAUCAAAACGUCUACCAACCAUUGAAGAGUCACCAGCAAAAUUCAAUUGCAUGAAGUUGAAAUUUGACGAAGAGGAUGUUACCACAAACCCGCCAGAUAAGUCUGAUAGUAAUGUUGUAAUGGAUAUCAGUAUGGAUUUGUAGUCAAUAUUAGAAUUAAAAAAAAAAUCAAUAUUAUUAUUUAGAGUAUACGAAAAGUAAUAUUUUUUGGGAAAUAGGCCAAUACCAAUAAUAUUACUAAGUAUGAGCCCGUCUAAAAAUAUAUACAUACAAUAGAUUAUAAUUAAGGCUAAUUCCCCGAUAAUCGGCACUAUGUGACCUAGGUUACCUUAUGUUUUCACCUAAUAAGUGUAAGAGUAAAUAUAUGUAUAUCCAACUUACAAAAUUAGAACCCAAAUUUC